GAGAAUUUGUUGGGACUUUGAUCUUGAUAUUAUAUUCUUUUCAUGCUGUUUUUAUAUCUGUAAAGUAGAAAGGUCAGACAUUAAAGUCAAAAAGUGGAAAAGUGACCAUUUUACAGUAGAUUACGAAUUGUAAGUUUAGAACGGUCCGACGAAUAAAGCAGGUGGUUUGUUUCGCCUUUUGACUCCCCUGGCAAAGAUUACUGUUUCCUCUAGUUUUCACCAAUCUGAUCAGAGGAGAUAUUUGUUUACUAAUAAUAUUACUAAUAUCUAGUGCAAUUAGUGAAAUAAGUUCUUCGUAUACAGAAGUCAACUUGGCUGGAGAUCAUCAGGAGGAAAUUAGAUUUAUUUACGGAUUUAAGUAAACUUAAUGACAGUUUUGCCACUGUGUAAAUUUAUGAAAUCUAAGUCAAUUAAUAGUCCCAUAAAGACCCGGUAUAGACCGGGGUUCCAAUUAAUUAUCUUUUCCCCUUUCACGUUCAUUUUCCAGGGAACUUAGUCACGUGACCAAUUCUGUCAUUACAUCAUUCGAUUUAUUGUUUGAUCCUUUCUUCUCAAAACAUGGAUUCUUUUGUCGAAAAAACGUAAUUCUCGAAAUGUGAAAAAUUAUUGAACGGACUGAAUGAGUCGUUAUGGUGUCGAAAGCCAAAUGGACUUCCAUAUUGUUUGUUCUACAAGCAGUGUUAACAGCAACCACGCUAUCAAAGGUAGCAGUUGGUGAAGUUGGAAUAUCCCAUGGCUCUAACAUCACAAACAGUAAAUCCCGCAAAAGGCAGGAAAUAAUAUUCCUUCGAGAUGACUUAACACAUAAGAGAAACAGGGAAGGAGAGACCAUGUCAAACAUAGAGAAACAUGGAAAAAGCUUGUCUGCAGAAGGAAAUGUUUUCAAAGGAAUUCCUAAGGCUGGCCAUUACGAAGAUUCGUCCGCGUAUCACGGACCUGCACUAAAGGAGCAAUCUGUUAAGAAAGAAAAUGGACCACCUGAAAUCCAAGAAAAUGUGAAAAAGAGUGAUGCUUAUGAGGUUCUUUCUGAUGAUGGCUUGGCAAAUGAGGAAGAAAAUGAGGGGGACCAAAUGGUAAAAGUAGGACAUCCACUUGUCAAAGCCCAUGCUAGCGAUAAACAUUCAAAUGACUUCAAGGGACAUCGCAGAGCAGGACUGCACAUUGUCUCAUUUGAUGAUGAUGAAGAUAAUAGUGAAAACAGUUUGCGAGAAAAAGACUUGAGACUGUACGGCUCAAUCGGAUCGCCCUCUUCAAGGCCUCAUAGGCAUAAAUCGCACAGAUAUCGAUCACAUCAUACAUUUUAUCAAAACGAUUAUAUUCCACCAAACGUCGUAUCUCUCUCACCAGAGGAUUUAAUGGCGCCUCUGUCCAGAAAUGAUGCUCAGACUAGAGAAGAAAUAUUCCCGAAUUUUAGAAGGCGUGAUCCUCUCUUCUUUUCUAGACCUUCCCAAUUAACGCAACCGGAAGAGCUGGUGCAACGUUUUCAACCAGUUAGUCCCAAAUCGAUAUCGUAUGGUGAUCGACCCAAUACGCUUUUACUUCCAUUGUACGAUGGCAACGCAGGUUCCAAUCCACAGAUUGUUCCCAUGACCGCUCAGAGUGCUUUUCCGGCUUCCCCUCCUCAGUUCGGAGCAGCACCUCUCGAAUAUACCUCACCACAACCCUCUAGUAUCUUUCGCAGUGGACUAUUACUACAGUCUGCACUUCAGGUUCCUCAGAUUCCGACACAAUCUAUCAACCCGUCUUACAUGAUGGCUUCACAGUCGGACGGCCAGAUUUUCUUUAACAACCAACAACCCGAUGUACGGUCGUUGUACCAGCUACAGUCUCAGCCACAGAUGCAAAUUCCUCAAGUUCCCAUGCCACAGCUAACACAGAUUCAGCAACCUGUCAUUCCCAAUGAAAUGCAGAUGACACCCGAAUUGCUUAGUUCGGAAAGCCAGCAAGAGAUCCGUCCAGCAAGCAGGUGGGUAGACGAGGACGGGCGGGUGCGUAGUGAGGUCUUGGAUCGUGACACAGAUAGACAAGACGACGAAAGGCCUAAGGACGAUAGAAAUGAGGACGAUGAUGAUGAUGAAGUUAGGCAUCAAAGUAGCAGAUACUACGACAGAGAUGACGAUUCACGAGCAGAAGAAAAUGACGACGACAGGGCACGGGAGGACCAAACAUCAGAUGAUCAGCCGGAACAGCAAGAGCAGCUAGAGCAGCCAGAGCAGCCAUAUUCUAGAGAGGAAGAGGGGCCUUCAGACGAAGAGGGUGAGGAUACAGAGGAACCAGAAGAUGAAUCUACUGAAGAUGCCACGGGUAGGGCAUAUGGGACAAACGGACCAGGAGCAGAGGAUGACCAAGUCACCAGUCAAGACGAGGAUGAUAGGGAUAACCAAGAAAUGGAGCCACAACAAGGACGUUCUACUCCACAAAGAAACUGGCAACAGUUCAGUCCUCAAGCCAUGACCCGUUUUAUGCCCCAUCCCGUUCAAAUUCCUAAAUUCUUCUCGCCUGUGAACACGAUGAUCCCAACUCAAUUGAACGCCCAAACGUUUUCAAGGUAUCAGCUGAUGUCGCCUUCGUCGGCCCUCAAAGAACAUAUUUUACCGAAGCCUCAAAAUGAGCCAAAACCUCCUCCAGACAACCCUCAUUCAGACUUUAAAAUCUCCCAGAUGAGCACUGCAGAGGCCCAGUUUUAUGAAAAUAAGGCAGCAAUGGAACCAAACUUUUCACCACCUAUCGCAUCGAAAGAUAUCAUUCCAGGGAAAUCUCACAGAUUUCGCUUUGGACUCCGUAACGUUCUUAUUAGGUUGAAUGGCAAACCAUUGGAGGACUCCUCACAACUGCGAAGCAAGAUCAUAAAUGGACAAAUCGUACAAGGCAAAGGAAAGAUGAUCAAAUCGAAAGGUCCAGUCCGUGUAAGACUUUCUCAUACUAAGGACGCGAAGCAUCUAAAGAUUAUUGAUAUUCUAGCGCCAAAACAGUUUCACGUGUACGAUACCAAAAGUAGGAUCAGAAGACCUACAAAAAACAUCUUAAAUGACGCAAAUAAAAGGAAUACAAAGAUCUCCCUGCUUGAUCCUAAGAGAAGGAUACAAACAUGAAGACGUUUGAUGCUAUGAAAUAUAAGUAUAGUAUCGAUAUACAUAACUUUUUUGACUAAAAAUUUAAAGACCUCAUCAUUUUUCAUAAUCAGUAUGUACAAAUCAUGCCAAAUUUACGAAAUCGCAGUGUUUAAGAGUGAUCGAAAGAAGAUUAUAGCACAGGAAUAGCCCAAGAGUAUCCUUUUUAGAACCAUUAGACUAUGAGAUAUAGGCUAACUUGAACAUUGAGGUUUUACACCACAUAUAUUUAAAGGAGCAUGUACCAUAAAGUAGUCAAUUUAAUACCAAGACUUUUUGAUGUUGCAGUAACUGUAAACAUUUAAAUCAGUACAUCCAUGCGUUCAACUUAUCUUUGGAAGGAAAAUGAAAAAAAAAAUGCAAGUCGUAACCAAC